AUGCAUUCAAUUACCCAUAUCAUUUUAUUGAUAUUACUUUCCCUCACAAACCUCCCCCUCGCAGCAUCAUCGCCCUCCCCGCAGUACUGCCAUGUCAACCCCGUCGAAUUGAGCGAUUUCUGCAUCGCGCUCAAUACGUUCCACAAUGAGACCAACCACAGCGAAGAUUUCUACGUCACCGUCUCGGCCAAGUUUGUCGAUGGCACGGGCUGGAUCGCGUUUGGCUCGGGGUAUCUGAUGCAUCAGUCGUUGAUGUUUGUCUUUUAUCCGGGGAAAACGCCAGGGUCGACUGUUUUCGGUGCAAGAUCCACAAAAUACCAUGACCCUCCAAGCCAUACCGCCGACAUCCCAGACGUCAGAGUCGUCAGCACACGGUCUGAAAACGGCUACUCGAUCCUCAACUUCAUCUGCUACGCUUGCAAUCGCUGGGGCGGCACUCGUCUCGAUGCAGACGCUGUCUCGCAACCGUGGAUUUGGGCAACAAAUCCGUUCCAGGAUGCUAAUUUGGAUGAUCCGUAUAAGCCGCUGCAGAUACAUACGUAUUAUGAUUACUUCUAUAUGAACAUGAAGAGUGGACAGGUCGUCGAUCCUGUUGAGCCCUACUUCCCCACGAUAUCCACGGACCGGACGUCCAUUGCUGCUGGACACACGCGCGACGCAGCGGGUGGUGUCGCGGCAUCGAAAAUAUGGUUGUAUCAUGGUAUUCUGAUGGCGUUUGCCUUUGGGGUACUCUACCCUCUAGGCGUGGCAUCGCUCGUGGUGUCAGUCAAGUACCACUGGAUUGUGCAAAGCAUCACGGCGGGAUGUGGCAUUCUCGGAAUUGGCGUCGCGGUGUUUGCGACCAAAAGUAUAUCGAGUUUUUUGGGACUCCACCAAGGCCUGGGUUGCCUUGCAGGCCUUCUCUUCGUCGUCCAGUAUGGCCUGGGUUUCCGGCAUCAUGUCCUUUUUGUCCGGGCAAAGAGACAAUCGGUCAACAUGCCUCCUCCACAAACUGGGCUGAAGCAAUACCACAUCUGGACAGGGCGGGGGUUGUAUUUCCUGGGUGUUUCGAAUGUUGCUCUAGGACUUCUCUUAGCGCAGAAGCAUCGUGCAUUGGUAAUUCCAUGGCUUAUCACUGUCGGUCUGGAAUUGGCAGGAUAUUAUUACGUCCUUGUUCGUCGCAAGCGACAGAUGCCAGUAGAGCCAUUGUCCAAGGGGUCAUACGCGUAUGAUCCUGUGAAUGACUCGGAGGAAGCUAUGCCUCUGAAUGAAAGAUGA